CCUUCUACGGGGUGCGUCCGUGCCGGCGACGCUGUUCAUGGACGGCAGACAGUUUCCACGGCACUCGAGGAACGCCGCUCCCCGUCCGGUCGUCGCAAACGGUUCCAUUCGACCCUCUCGAUCGCGUCGACAUCGCGUCUGUGACCCCGAAGACCCGGCCACAUGUCCCUACGAUCGCCUACGUUUCUCCGGCCUUGAAGAACGGAGGCACCUUCCGACGGUACGAUCUUCUUCGGAGCACGCGACUCUCGGAUGCUGCGAUCAGCGUGGAACAACGUGCCAGAUCUCUGAAGAGGAUUUCGCGAUCCGGAACUUCUUCCUGUUGCGCGAAGAUGAGUCUCGGGAAGAUCUCUCGCGUUCCGAAGUGUCGCCCUUGUUCACCGAACAGACGGAUCCGGUGAAGUGGAUCCAGAGGACGGUACCGAUGAGACAGGAAAAGAUCCUGGUGUGAGAUGAGUAACAGAUGACAGGGCCGCGCUCGUGGAUCAAUGUAAACGACGAACAGACCUCCGGGCUCCUCGAUCGCGUCUGAGAGGAGGUGGCGAAGGGCGAAGUCUUCCUCGAUCGACUCUUCGGUGAGGGGAACGUAUCUCGUCGGGGUGACAAAAGUGUUCUCGUCGCUUCGUACCGAUGCGCCUUCCUCUGGUCAAUCCAGACCGAGAAUUUCGACUCGAGAGAAGAAUCCUUACGAGCUAGCCAAGUACCGGUUUACCCUUCUCAGAAGAAUAUACGUAAAUACACACUAUCGUCGGAGGGAGGAAGAAGCUGCAGGAGUGCUCACGCGAAUUCUUACGUCCCGCUCGGUUCAGGAUCUCCGCUUCAGGGUGGAGGACGAACAGCGAGGGCAGCUCGCGAGUACCGUAGUUUCUCGUGGGCGAGAAAUUUUCGGCCCCGGAGGUGGGGCGCGAUUCGAACGAUCCAGCGAACAACUGGGGAAAAGUUUGUUCCGCGUUGGCGAACCGAUAUGCCCGGCGAAACGACCGUGGGAAGUUGAGGACUGGCACGGGGUACGCGAUCGGUGCUAAGGGCUGCGACAACGCACCAGAUGGACGAGGCUCCAGGGAGGACAGGGAAACGAUAGGAGAGGCGACCGGUUGCGGCUGCUGCAGCUGCGCGUCGGUCGCCUGGACCUGCAGCUGCAGCACCAGCGGGUAGCUGCCGGUGAAGACGGGCCAGAACGAUGCAGAGCACCGGCGACUACUAUCAAAGGGCCCCGAGAUGCUGUCCGGGAAGGAACGCGAACGCGAACGCGGACGCGUUAAGGAUCAGCGCGUCCGUGAGGGGCGCCGAGCUGCUGUGCUGCUGCUGCAGCUGCAGCACCGCGACGUCCACCAAGACCCCGGGUCUGUUGGUCAGCCUCGGUGUUUGCGUUCUCGUUUUGGGAUACACGUUGCUGGGAGCGUUCGCAUUCAUGGCGCUCGAAGGGGGUCUCAAGUCGGACUCGGCGAACGACUUGCUGGCUGGUUCGAAGCCCGAAGGUGGUUCCUACUCGAUCCCGUCUCUCGAGGACGACACCGCAGCUAAGGAGCUGAGGGCACGCACCGUCGAGAGACUUUGGAGCAUCACGGAGGAUCUGAACGUUUUGUAUAAAGAGAACUGGACCCGAUUGGCAGCGAGAGAAGUGUUCGAGUUCCAGGAGAACCUAGCACGCGGUCUUAGGAGGACUUCCUCCCAGUACGAACCGUCUCGAACCAGAGACCUUUCCGACAGGAGACCGCGAAGGUGGACUUUCAGUGGCAGUCUCUUAUACUCUCUCACGCUCAUCACCACGAUAGGGUACGGUAGCGUGGCGCCUCGUACUGUCUGGGGUCGUUUGAUCACGAUAGUGUACGCUCUGGCCGGGAUACCCCUAAUGCUGAUCUAUUUGAGCACGGUGGGCGACGUUCUCUCGCGAAGCUUCCGUCGCUUGUACGGCCGGCUGUGCAGGCCGCGAAAUUGCGCCAGAAAGCAGCAGCCGCCCCCGCCCCCGCCGCCCGGCAUCAUGAGCAAAACGUACAGAUACGACAACCACGUCGACUCCAAGUCGGGAAAUUACUAUUCCGCGAGCCGAGAGAGCUCCUGUGACGAUCUUGGGACUAGAGGCACCAGCAGCGCUAUUUUAUUGGACUGCGGCAGCGAGGGGCUGCUUCACGCUACCACCAGCUCCACAGCCGUGCUUCAGGACGUGUCGUCAGGAAACGGCAAGCGUCACUUUCAUCCGUGCUCGUUGCCCCUCUCAUCGAGCUCUUCGCCCGGGUACGUGGUGACGAACCCGGUCAGGAUACCGAUCAGCCUGUGCCUGGUGAUCAUGCUGCUCUACAUAUGUUGCGGCGCGGUGAUGUUCAAUCGUCUCGAAGGUUGGAGCCUCCUGGAGGGUGGCUACUUUUGCUUCACCAGCCUCGGAACGAUCGGGUUCGGCGAAUUGAUGCCGGUGGGACGCAACGCGGCGUCUACCACGCUGCAGGAGCUCAGUCUGUGCGCUUGCUCGCUCUACAUCCUCGCCGGGAUGGGCCUGAUCGCCAUGUGCUUCAACCUCGUCCAGGAGGAGGUGGUACGCGUGGUCAGGGUCUUCGGUAGAACCUGCGGCAUGUCGUCGGGGGUGGUGGUCGGACCUAUCGGUGGUACAGGUUCCAGUACAGGGCUCAAGGCCGACCUGGACGAUGGAGGAGGUACAAGCGACUCGCGACUGUCCGAACAGGAAGAAGAAUCGAUCGCCAUGUCCAUGGUGCCAGCAUCCUGACAGCAUCCGGCCAGGAGCCCCGGCGAUGGGAAACUCCUGGCCCAUGCGUCCAACACUGCCAUAAAGCCAUCGCCGGGUCACCAUUCUCUGCCGCG